AAGUGUUUAAAAGUGUUUCUUAAAAUUGGAGGUCUGGUAGUGUUUUCAGUGGGCGUAUGGACUUUAGCCGACCGUUCAUUUAUGGAGCGAUUGCUGGGCAGCAGUCUAUACGUUGCGUCGGCAGCGCUAUUGAUCGCCGCCGGAGUGAUUGUGGCCAUCAUUUCAUUCUUAGGCUCUUUUGGCGCAUAUAAGGAGAUCCGUUGUAUGCUUUUGACGUUUUUCAUCAUUUUAUUCUUCCUCUUCAUCCUUAUGCUUGUCGGAGGAAUCCUGGGAUAUGUGUUCAGGAAUCAGGUUGACGACCGGAUGUACAGAGAAAUGAUAACAACUGUUGCUCUCUAUAACAACGACACUGCGGUCACUGAUGCGUGGGAUUCCGUGCAAAAGAAUUUCAAAUGUUGCGGAAUGUCAGUAAACGGCGCCAAACCGUAUGAAAUAUAUCAGAGACAGAAUAGAGGAAGUUUUGGUGGCGGCGCCGGAAGACCUAAAGUGCCCAUC